AUGCAACAAUACAGAUGUUUGCUCUUCAUAAUUGUGUUUAUCAUUGAUUCAUCAGAAAUAUUUGGACAACAAUAUGAGUGGUCUGGCAGCUAUCAAUGGUCCGAUGAUGAAUGUAAUCAAAAACAAUGUUGGUGUCCGCAUGGAACAUUAUCUGUUAUUAGUAAUGAUACAUCAAUAGGAUUUAUUUCAAAUUUGCGUGGUCGAGAUUGUGAACAAGUAACCUUCAGUCUAUGGUCACCGUAUCCGAGUGAUCUUGUUGGGCUAUAUUCGGUGCCGGAUGAAAAUGAGACGCUACUUACUUUUGGUACCAUAUGUCAUAAAUAUGGCGAUGUUCAAAAUGUUUCAAUUGUACAACUCGAACUGAUCAGUGGCAAGGAGGCACAAGAUCUCUGUAGUGGUGGAUAUUUUACGACUGAAUACGAUUGUAUCGAUAAUGCAACCUCAAUAUAUGCUCAGUUUAUUAAAGUUGGCUAUUUACUGAAAAAAUACACAAAAAAAAUUUUGAUUCGUGAAAUAGGGGAGUUAGAUUUAGCGUGGGCACACCAAAAUCAAGCAUUAAAAACGUACAAAUCAACUAAAGGGUUGCAUGAUUCACUUGAUGUUGAAUUACUUAUUUAUGAUUGUCUCAGUCGAAGUUUUCGAACAAGAAAAAUGUGGAAUUUGGCUUUAGAGUGCUAUACGAAUGUCGCUCGAAUAGGUUUCAAUUUUUUUCUUCUUAAUCAUUCCGCUACACUACAUCGAUAUUUUGAUAUUGCACAAGAAUGUGAACGACGUGGUCAAUCACAAUUAGCCAUUGAUUUGCUGGCAAAAUCGAAAGUAAAACUGGAUCAACCAAGAAGAGAUAAUUUCAUCAGACGCGGUUUUACAUCGUUAUAUAGAUGGUGA